GGCGCGCAGCGGCCGCGCCCCCUCGAGGCGGCCGCGGUCGGUCCGCUCGCGCGCGGCCCCGCCGCCCCACGCACGCGCCUCCCUCGCUCCCGGCGCUAAAGCUCGCGCGCACUUCUCUCCAGGCCCGCGAGCAUUCGACGACCGCCGUCCAGGUCCCUCUGAAACCCGGUCGCACCAUGUCUUCGCCUCCCGAGGGGAAGCUAGAGACGAAAGCUGGACACCCGCCCGCCGUGAAAGCCGGUGGGAUGCGAAUUGUGCAGAAACACCCGCAUGCUGGAGACACCAGGGAAGAGAAGGACAAAGACGACCAGGAGUGGGAAAGCCCCAGUCCACCCAGACCGACCGUGUUCAUCUCCGGUGUUAUCGCCCGGGGCGACAAGGACUUCCCCCCGGCGGCAGCCCAGGUGGCCCACCAGAAGCCCCACGCCUCCAUGGACAAGCACUCUUCCCCGAGGACACAGCACAUCCAGCAGCCUCGCAAGUGAUGGCGAGGACCCAGCGCCCUCACCAGCCGGGCCUCAGUUCCCCGACACUUGGUAUUUCCCCAGCAAAGAGAACUGGUAUUUUCUUCAAGACACUGCUCCAUUGGGAAAUUUAAGACAGAGCCAAGCGCCCCUUCCUUUGCCUUGAAUUUCCAUAUCUAAAGCUAGAAUCAGACCCCAAGUCUUGUUUCCAGGGAGUCCUGGCAGGUGUUGUCUGCGAAUCACCGUGGCGCUACAAGUGCCGUUAGCAGAACUUGCUAAGACUUGAGUGAAAUGGAAUCGUUCAGAGUUUAGCUUCAGUUCCGUUUUAUCAAUUGCCCUGGUCUUAGAAACAAGUGGGCACAAAUUUGGGAGGGUUAGAUCAGGUCAGGGGAAAACUCAGUCAUUUCAUGCUUUUCGGUAAGAGGAAAAUAAAGUCUUAAUACCUAGUGAGGAGAGAAAGAGAUGAGAGCGUUAAUUACAGAAAAACUGAGCAGGGGAGACUUUUGCAACAGGCAACAGCCUCACUGCAUUUCUCUCCUUUGUGUGAUGAGGGAUCACAGCACAGGGUGUCACCAAGCACUCCCAGGAAAACCAGGGAAACGCUUACAGCUUUGAAACGGCUCUUUCAUUCCAGGGGUCAUCUUGCUGAAAAAUUUGCCCAAAGGGAAUACUUCCAGAAUGAGGUUUCUCCGUGUGGGUCCCAAGUCCUGCAUUGCCCCACCAUCCAGACAGGCUUGCCGCGAAAUCAAGGCAAACCUUCAUUUUUUCAGUGAUCACCUCUAGAGCUGCUCUUGAGCUCUGGGAGUGAUCACUGACCAGGUGGAGGAACAGAUGUCUAGCUAAUUCUGGAACACUAGAGCAAAAGCACUGACCACGUGGGAAGACGAGACGAGAACCUGCCCUUUGUCUCCCUAGGACAGAGUAGAACUACCACGUGCCAUUUGAGCUAGAAAAGCCUGUUUGUCCAUCAGUCGAAGUAUCAGGAACUCCCUCUGCCCAAGGGCACAGGUACCUGGGCCCGUGUUCACUUGGGCCUCUCAAGUUAUCCUACGCUUUCUGCCCGGGUUUCCUACCCAGAGCUGCCUUAGACUGCUCGCUGGCUGAUGGCUAUUGGGUGCUCUGCUUUUCUGAAAAGCCAAUGGGCUCGUUUACUCAGAUGUUCAAAUCUCCCGGAGCAGAUGCUUUGGGAGAGGGUGCAGCCCAGCUGGCACGCUUGCCAGCGUGGUGUUUGCCGCGGGGUCAGCAGUGGGCACACCACAGCCUUUCUGAUGCCCUUUCCAGCUCCACAUCCGUGACUGGGAAAGGUGACACAGACCUAGCAGACCCAGCUCUCACCCUUCCCUAAGGAAAAAGCUGGCCCUGCUUCACAUCCUAAAGGCAACAUUUGGUUUCCCAUCUCACUGACUUGCGGCAGCCGGGGUCUCACCCUCAAGGCAUCGUGUAGUCACCUCUCAUACUUCUUAAUCGCUGAGAUGUUGCUAAAAACUGAGGCUGGCUUUUAGAGAUGCAGACAGGGCGGGCAGCCUCCUCCCAGCCAUCUCCUGGAGCCGGCAUCUCAGAAGGAUGCUGAGAGCAGGCAGCACUAGGUCAGUCUGUGGACCACUGCACCCCCUGCUGCAGAAAUGAAGACACACCCUUGAUACUUUUUAGUGUGGCAGCCAGGACUGCCAUGCUGUUUCCCAAGGUGCAUUCUUCUUGUCCCUUUAGCUACAUCUGGCAUGUAUCUGUAGAUCACUGAAAGCAAAAUGUUCUUCUGAAUGAGUUUAUCAAUGGUUAACCUCAAGAAAAAUAAUGAUUAUAAUAAAGCUCCUGCAUUUCUUCUCA